UUUGGUCGGAUUGUGGAAGGCACCAAAUUACAUUUAAAGUCGCCCGUUUCCCGAUAGCUGUGGGCGAUCACCAUGGAGAUGCAAAGGUGGUCUACCAGGUGGAAAACGAAACGGUGGCUGUGGGAUUCGACGCUAUCCGCUGCGCUCACGAUAACUUUAAUUCUGCAAGUUACCAAUGUCAGAGCAGCUGAACCGGUGGAUGUACUAAAGGUGCUAGACUUCAAGACCUCUCCUGAAGGAGUCCGGAAAACAACAGGCUUCUGCACAGUCCGAAGAGGAUCCAAACCGGAUAUCGCCUACCGAGUGGGGAAACAGGCUCAGAUCAGCACUCCGACCAAGCAGCUCUUCCCAGGAGGAGUUUUCCCAGAAGAUUUCUCUAUCAUGUUUACCAUAAAGCCCAAAACAGGCCUCCAGUCUUUCCUGCUGUCCGUGUACAAUGAGCAAGGUAUUCAGCAGCUUGGUGUGGAAGUCGGACGAGCCCCCGUUUUUCUGUACGAGGAUCAGCAUGGCAAGCCUGUCCCUGAGGAGUACCCCCUGUUCCGCUCCAUCAAUCUUGCUGAUGGCAAGUGGCAUCGUGUAGCCAUCAGUGUGGAGAAAAAGAGUGUCACCAUCAUUGUUGAUUGUAAGAAGAAGAUGACCAAGCCGCUCGGCCGAAGUGACCAGGCAGUCAUCAGCACAGAAGGCAUCACUGUCUUUGGCACCAGAAUCCUGGAUGAGGAAGUCUUUGAGGGUGACAUCCAGCAGCUGCUGAUAGUAGGUGAUCCCAGAGCUGCCUACGACUACUGUGAACACUACAGCCGUGACUGUGAAAGUCCAAACCACCACGACACCCCGCAGGCUCAGGAACCCAAACCCGAGUACGAUGAUUAUCCUGAGUUCGAUUACUACAGUGAAGGAGAGGUAUUCACAGACACCCCCCCAACUGAAGAAGUCAAAAUUGAGACUAUCGAGGGUGGAGACUAUUACACGGGUGAGUACGACUAUGCCACAGUGGAUGGAAGUCCACCAGAAACCGGAACAGAGACAACAGGCCAGAACUAUGACGGGGAAAUAGUCGAUGACUACAUCACUGGAGUCGAACAGGUCGGGGCGGACCCCACCGUUGCUGUGGAAACAGCUGCACCUGUGGAAACCAAAGAAAAAGUUGAUCCUGACGCUGAUGUUAACGAGUUUAAGGAAUACGAUGUGAAAGAGUACGACACCAAAGAGUUCGUGGAAAAGACGUAUGACUACGGCGACUAUGGCGAUUAUGGCGUCACUGAAGCCAAACCCACAUCCGCAGUAUACGAAGAAGAGUUCGGUCCCGGUGUUCCAGCAGAGACCGACAUCAGGGAGAGCAAUGUAGAAAGAGGUUACAGCUACCAGGGGGAAAAAGGGGAGAAGGGUGAGCCUGCUGUCAUUGAGCCAGGGAUGCUUAUACAAGGACCCCAAGGACCCCCCGGCCAAGAAGGUAUUCCUGGUACCCCAGGAUUACAGGGUCCACCAGGUUCCCCAGGUGAUCCUGGUGACAGGGGUCCUCCAGGGCGUCCUGGUCUUCCUGGUUCAGACGGUGUUCCUGGUCCUUCAGGUACCAUUCUGAUGCUUCCAUUCCGUGCAGGCGGGGAGGCGCACAAGGGACCUGUGGUUUCAGCUCAGGAAGCUCAGGCUCAGGCCAUCCUGUCUCAGGCUCGGCUGGCUAUGAGAGGCCCUCCAGGGCCGGCGGGCAUGACAGGCAGAUCUGGUCCCGUGGGAGGUCCUGGUGCUCCCGGACUCAAAGGCGAAAGUGGAGACUCUGGACCACAGGGACCCAGAGGUCUACAGGGUGCAACUGGUCCACCGGGAAAAGCAGGCAAGAGGGGACGGAAUGGAGCUGAUGGCGCAAGAGGAUUGCCAGGAGAACCAGGGAGCAAGGGUGAUCGUGGUUUUGAUGGCCUACCUGGUCUUCCUGGAGAAAAAGGGCAUAGAGGUGACCCAGGAUCUACAGGUCCUCCAGGACCUCCAGGAGAUGAUGGCCCAAGAGGUGAAGAUGGUCAGGUUGGACAGAGAGGUGUGGCUGGGGACAGUGGACCGAGAGGUUUGCUCGGCCCCAGAGGGUCUCCAGGUCCUGCAGGCCAGCGUGGUCUUCCUGGACUCGAUGGCCAAGCUGGUCCCAAAGGAAACAUGGGUCCACAAGGAGAACCAGGCCCCCCUGGUCAACAGGGUAUCCCGGGCCAAAAUGGUCUUGUCGGUCCUCAAGGUCCAAUCGGGCCUCCCGGUGAAAAAGGACCUCAAGGUAAACAAGGUCUGCAUGGUCUUCCUGGUGCUGAUGGUCCUCCUGGUCAUCCUGGCAAAGAGGGUCCUCCAGGCGAGAAAGGAGCAGUUGGUCUUACUGGUCCUAUGGGCGCCAUUGGUUACCCCGGACCUCGUGGUGUAAAAGGUGCUGAAGGCAUCAGAGGUCUUAAAGGUGGCAAAGGAGAAAAGGGUGAAGACGGAUUUCCUGGUUUCAAAGGUGACAUGGGUCUGAAGGGUGACAAGGGUGAGGUUGGCGUUCUAGGACCCAGAGGAGAGGAUGGCCCAGAGGGACCCAAGGGCAAGUCCGGACCCAACGGGGAAGCUGGUCCCAUGGGAUCAGCUGGAGAGAAGGGAAAACUUGGCGUCCCUGGGUUGCCUGGGUAUCCUGGAAGGCAAGGACCCAAGGGGUCCAACGGUUUCCCUGGAUUCCCAGGGGCAAAUGGCGAGAAAGGAGGACGGGGAAUUGCCGGCAAAUCUGGCCCUAGAGGGCAACGUGGCCCAACGGGUCCACGUGGUGGGCGUGGUGCUAGAGGACCAACAGGGAAACCAGGUGCAAAGGGAACCUCAGGCAAUGAUGGACCUCCUGGUCCACCAGGAGAGAGGGGACCUCAAGGACCGCAGGGGCCAGUCGGAUUCCCUGGUCCGAAAGGACCCAAUGGCCCACCAGGAAAAGACGGACUGCCCGGUCAUCCAGGACAGCGAGGAGAGACGGGUUUCCAAGGAAAGACGGGACCCCCAGGACCUGGAGGAGUGGUUGGACCACAGGGACCAACUGGAGAGACAGGACCCAGUGGAGAAAGAGGACAUCCCGGAUCUCCAGGUCCACCUGGUGAACAGGGUCUACCUGGAGCUGCUGGAAAAGAAGGUGGCAAGGGUGAUCCAGGCCCCCAUGGUGUUGCUGGCAAACCAGGUCCUGCUGGUCUGACGGGCUUCCACGGGGCAAGAGGUCUUCCAGGAGCCAUGGGUCCAGCUGGCUUAAAGGGAGGAGAAGGGCCACAGGGUCCCCCUGGCCCCAUAGGCUCUCCUGGAGAGAGAGGAGCUGCUGGCCCUGGAGGUCCCAUUGGACUGACAGGACGGAAUGGCCCCCAAGGACCACCAGGACCUGCUGGAGAAAAGGGAGCUCCUGGAGAAAAAGGUCCCAUGGGUCCCGCCGGUCGUGAUGGCAUUCAAGGUCCUGUUGGUCUUCCUGGUUCAGCUGGUCCUCAGGGCCCCCCUGGAGAGGACGGUGACAAGGGAGAAGUUGGUGGACCUGGACAGAAGGGAAGCAAAGGUGACAAGGGUGAACUCGGUCCACCCGGUCCCAGCGGUCUACAGGGUGUGGUCGGAGCUCCUGGUCCAGCUGGCAGUGACGGUGAGCCUGGACCCAGAGGGCAACAGGGUAUGUUUGGCCAGAAAGGAGAUGAAGGACCCAGAGGAUUCCCUGGUCUACCAGGACCUGUUGGACUGCAGGGUUUGCCCGGCCCUCCUGGUGAGAAGGGAGAGAAUGGAGAUGUUGGGCCGAUGGGUCCACCUGGCCCUCCUGGCCCCAGAGGUCCUCAGGGUCCAAGCGGAGCCAGUGGAGCUCAAGGUCCUCCAGGUGGUAUUGGAUCAGCCGGAGCUGUUGGAGAGAAAGGAGAGACUGGUGAGGCCGGCAACCCAGGACCAACUGGAGAGCCUGGUGUCGGAGGCGUGAGAGGAGAGGUUGGUGAGAAGGGAGAAACUGGACCUCCCGGAGCAGCCGGACCCCCUGGGGCCCGUGGAACCCCUGGAGAUGAUGGUCCUAAGGGUAACCCUGGCCCUGUCGGCUUCCCAGGAGACCCUGGACCCCCUGGUGAACCGGGUGCUGCUGGUAUUGAUGGCUUACCAGGUGACAAAGGUGAUGAUGGAGAGGCUGGUCAACCUGGCCCCCCAGGUCCAUCUGGUGAGGCUGGAGUACCAGGACCUCCUGGCAAACGGGGACCAGCUGGACCAGCAGGCCCAGAGGGCAGACAAGGAGAAAAGGGAUCAAAGGGUGAAGCUGGAGCAGAAGGGACUGUUGGAAAAACAGGACCUGUAGGACCUCAAGGGCCUGCUGGAAAGCCUGGUCCAGAGGGUCUGCGUGGCAUCCCUGGCCCUGUUGGUGAACAAGGACUCCCCGGUGCUUCAGGUCAAGAUGGCCCUCCUGGACCUCUUGGACCUCCUGGACUGCCUGGUAUGAAAGGUGACUCCGGCUCCAAGGGAGAGAAGGGUCACCCGGGUCUAAUUGGCCUGAUUGGACCCCCUGGUGAGCCCGGAGAAAAAGGAGACAGAGGUUUGCCCGGACCUCAGGGUGCUGCAGGAGCAAAGGGUGAUGCUGGUUUUGGUGGUCUUCAGGGUCCUCUGGGUCCUCCUGGUCCUCCUGGUCUACCAGGACCUCUAGGACAGAAAGGAUCCAAGGGAUCAUCUGGUUCCCCGGGUCAGAAGGGAGACACUGGAAUGAUUGGACCUCCUGGACCUCCUGGUCCACCUGGUGACAUCAUCCAGCCUCUGCCCAUACAGCAGUCUGGUAGAAAGACCAGACGGCACGCUGAGAUGCAGGGAGAUGAGGCGAUGGCAGACUAUGCUAUUGAUGGUAUGGAUGGAAUGGAAGAUAUAUUUGGAUCCCUCAAUAACCUCAAGCAAGACAUCGAGCGCAUGAAGUUCCCCAUGGGCACUCAAGACAAUCCUGCCAGGACCUGCAAUGACCUGCACCUCAGCCAGCCUGACUUCUCAGAUGGUGAAUACUGGAUUGAUCCAAACCAGGGAUGCAUCAGCGACACCAUCAAAGUCUUCUGUAACUUCACAGCGGGUGGAGAAACUUGCAUCUACCCAGAUAAGAAAUCCGCAGGAGUUAGAAUAUCCAACUGGCCCAAAGAGUCUCCAGGUUCAUGGUUCAGUGAAUUUAAACGGGGCAAAAUUCUGAACUACGUUGAUGUAGCAGAAAACUCCAUCAACACUGUGCAGAUGACCUUCCUCAAACUGCUGAGCUCCUCGGCGCGGCAGAACUUCACCUACAUUUGCCACCAGUCAGUGGCCUGGUACGACGCCAAGGGACGACAACUACGACAAGCACUCCGCUUUCUAGGAUCUAAUGAUGAGGAGAUGUCCUACGACAAUAACCCCUUCAUCAAAGCCCUGUUGGAUGGUUGCUCGGUGAAGCAUGGCUACUCUAAGACGGAGGAGAUCAACACUCCUCGCAUCGACCAGUUGCCCAUCAUUGACAUCAUGCUGAAUGACUUUGGGGACUCCAACCAGCGGUUUGGCUUUGAGGUCGGCCCCCGUCUGUUUACUCGGCUAGACACACCAUACUCCCCGCUGAAGGACAGGGUCAGAGGGCACGUCAAUAAACACCUGCACGCUGAGGACACGACAUUGUUUAUCUUCUCAACCGUGUGCUUUAAACCUGUGUUUUGUUUUCUUACCAAGAAGAGCCGCUCAAGCGCAGAAGAAGAGUGCCCUUUGGCCCCAGUCAUGGGAAGCGCCAACCAGGGGAUACUCCUCGCCUUGUAGGGCCAGAAUCACGUGACUUUAACUUAGUAAUGGGAGUUACAUCAGGAAAAAGGACAUUUGAUGCCGUGGCGGAUGGUGGCGCACUUUCAGCAACAGAGAGAGAAUCCGCUCCCCUUCGUCCUCUUUGUCCCCUUCGUCCCCUCACCUCCCACUCUCAACAAGCUGCCCCUCUAGAUGCUCCUGGUGCUGCUGUGAAUACAAACCACACAAGUGCUUUUGUGCAGAACCACAAAACACUCAAGGUGCUACAAAAAAGUGCUUUUUGAGAAACUGUAAUUAUAUUAUUAUUAUUAUUUUUGUACAAUAUUGUUUGAACCCACCCUAAAAAUUUGCAUGUGCCCCAACUCUUAAAAGUAUUGUUUAACAUACGCAGAAUAAAUUGCCAAUAAAUAUAUUUAUUUUUUCAGCACAAAUUUGGAUAAAACUGAAUGUCUUUUGAAAGGAAACAGUCAUUUGACAAAAGUCAAAAUUAUCAUUCUAAAAAGUAUUUUUUUGUUUUGUUUGUAAAUAAUAUGUUUCACGAUUUGACAUUGGUAUUGGAAAACUGGAACAACACUGAACUCGAUAAUCAUCCUUGCCUUUAUUUUCAUUCAUACUAGCUGGCAUGUCCAUUCAGAAUAUAAGCCAUAGUAAAGUGAUACGGUAAUAUAAAUGCUGCCCAAUUGCCAAAAAAAUACAAUAAGCAGUAACAGAGUCCCUUUUAUCCAGACGUCAGUCACAGUGUCAUUAAAAUGAGGAAAUACUGGCUGUACAAUAAUUUUUCAUUGACUACACCUUUUUUAACUAUAUAUGAGAAUGAAUCUUCAAAAAUCAAACUCUGUUGUUCAUUUUGUCUUUUAUUUUUAAUUCACACAAACACCUUGACAAUCAUUUUCGCUGUAACAAUGAACAAAUGUUUUGAUGUUUUUGGAUUGUUCCUUCAAAAUUAUAAAACUGGAUUUUGAAAAAUGGUG